AUGGGACCAAAUUGGAGACAGAUUUAUGUGUUAACAAUUAUUUUAAGGUUCAUUUUUGGAUUAUCUAAUUCAUAUAUUCAUCCUGAUGAACAUUUCCAAAACUUUGAAGUCUUAGCAUCGAAAUUUUUUGGGUUUUCAACUACAAUUCCAUGGGAGUUUUCUCAACUACCUCUGAGAAGCUUUGGCCCAUUAUAUAUUGUUUAUGGUCCAGUGUUAUGGUUUUUGUCUUAUUUUAACGUGAAUAUUACUCCUUUAGGGAUUUGGUAUUUGAUAAGAGUGGAAUUUAUAGUAAUUAGUUGGUUAGUGGUCGAUAUGUGUUUAUAUAGAAUCUUACCUACAAAGCCUGAAAGAAUAAAGUCAGUAUUUUUCACCCUGACUUCUUAUGUUACUUUGAUUUAUCAAUCCCACUGUUUUAGUAAUAGUAUAGAGACACCAUUGGUUAUGGUUUGCCUUAUGCUAAUCAAUGAUUUGAGAUUUGAUUUGGAGGUUAGAAAAUCAGGUAAAUGUGAUUAUGAAAGGUUGUUUUACCUUGGUAUUAUAGUAGCUUGUGGGAUAUUCAACAGAAUAACAUUUGCUUGUUAUUUUAUCAUACCGUCUUUCUAUGUCUUCAAGUAUAUUUGGAAGUAUAAAAUAGGAACAUUAGUUGGAUUUUUGGGAUUCAUAUUACCUACCAUUGGUUUUAUCGCUAUAGAUACGUAUGAGUUUACUGGUAAGUUGGAUGUUGAUAACCUCAUCAUGACUCCUUGGAACAACUUGGUGUACAAUUCAAAAUUGGACAAUUUAUCUCAACAUGGCAUUCAUCCUUAUUACACUCAUCUCAUUAUAAAUUUACCACAAAUCCUUGGUCCUUCUAUUUUACUUUUGGCAUACAAGUUUAAGAAUACUUACUAUAGAACAACUCCAUUCUUAACCCUUGUUUCAGGAAUCAUUUUCAUGUCCCUAGUUCCUCAUCAAGAACUCAGGUUCUUAGUACCUUUAUUACCUGUAGCUACAUGUUGCUUUGAUUUUAAUUCAUUACCUUCCAACCAACAACAAAAUGACAAAAUCAAAAAGAAAUUAUUCAACAAACCGGAAGCAGUUCUUUCUUCAUUCUCCCAAUUAGGAAAUUACAUCUUAUGGGCAUGGUAUAUUUUCAACUUUUUGAUGUGCAUAUUAAUGGGAAUCUUCCAUCAAGGGGGUGUAGUUCCAACAUUGGACCAUUUAAGAACAAUUCCAACAUCAAAACAAAUCUGGUGGAGAACUUAUUCCCCACCAACAUGGUUAUUAGGGGAUAAAACUGUUAAAAUGGUCACGGUAGACAAAUUAAUCGAUUAUGAUAAUCUCAUUAUUGAUGCUAUGGGAAGUGAUAAUGAAGUCAUCAACGAUCUUUUAACAGAGAAAUCCAUCUUGAUAGCCCCCGUAGCUACCAUCAACUGUGAUUAUAACGGCCCAGAGUUAAAAUUAUUGUGGAAAUAUGACUACCACAUCGAUCUUGAUCAUUUGAACUUUACCUCAUUAAAAUGUCUUCAACCAGGAUUAGGAAUCUACGAAUUAUUAUAG